AAGGCAUCUAACAUGAGUCCUCUUUGGAGAGUAUUCCAGGUGCGGCCUCAGUUCUAAAGUGGCAGUCAGCUCUGACCUUCUCUUGCGCACAGCCGAUGAUAAUACCCGAUGGCGGCUCCCAGCGCGUCGGUGCCAUUUCCAGUUCUGUGCAAUAGUCUAUAUGGGUUUUAGAAUACCCACUUCUGUUUUUGUUUGUUGACACAUUAAUUCGACAUCGCCUUUUCUCUCCCUUUGCUUUCAUGGCGGAGUCACUGAUUCAAAGGGCUUCGCGUCGCGCAGAAGCUGCCCGUGCAGCUUCGCAGCAGGGUAGCAGACAUUCGACGCCUGUGCCGAGUUCUCCACUUGCUCCGCCUGAGAACUUUCCACCUCGACUCAACCGUGACAACAGCACUCCCGACUUUCCUCCUCUGACUCAGCCACGCUUCCCACUUUCAAGCGUGAAGAGCUUCGGAGAACGUCUUGCCAAAGAUGCCAGCCUCUCUGCCGACAGUGAAGCAGAGUUUAGACGAUACUUCGAGACCUCGAACAAGGACGAACGUGACACCAUCGCGUUCAUGCAUCUCCUUCAGACAAAGGAUAUGGUUCGCGGCUUAGUUGAUACGGCCGGGAGUCACGAAGGUGAAUGGGCUCCGGAGACGUCACUGGCUAAGAUCUGUCGGAAAUACGUGUGGUCUAUUCUCUGUCUCCCGAAUCUCACGUAUUAUGGUGGAACCAUCGAAACGGCGAUUCUGGUGAGGCUUGUGACCGCUCUUGAGCACCACUGACUACUCUACUUAAGACGACAUUGACUCUCAUGAAAGUUAAGCGUGUCCCGGGCGUUGAUUCAGAGGAAUAUGGUCUCUUUGUGACUUGGUUGGGUCGCGCAGUCAGUGUGAUCCGCUCUGCUCUCAAGGCUGAGGGAGGUAUUGACUGUCUCUGCUUGUUGCAGCUCCUGACCGUUCUACAGAUUUUGAAAUCGAUCAAACUCAAGAACAAGGAGAUGAGGAACAUUGCUCAUCUCUGCGAGAGAAUUCUGAAACAUGCUGACCCAUCUGUCUGUGCAACGCGAUUCACAUUCAUGCGGAUGGCAUAUCUGCGCUACCACGUGGAACAGAAUCAUCCCGUGAAGCAGCACUGGGACAUACUCGAUAGCGAGAUGAAUCAGUUGCGAGACAUCGGGGAUAUGGACUUUGUUGCAGCUCUCGAAGAAGCUUAUGAAGACGACAUCGAGAAGUAUGGAGAUCCUGUGACCACCAAAUGCAAAAUUGGCACAUCGGCCUUAGCGAAGGAGUGUCCCGCUUGGCUGAUCACUCUCUCGGCACAGGCAGCCAAAGUCCAGCGCUUCAGCCGAGGUCAGAAGAAACGCAAGCGCCAGGAACUUGAGGAGGAGGAGGAGGAGGAGGAGGAGAAUGGGACACGUCCUUCAUCCCGAGGUGCAAGCCUGGUACCCUCUGAGUUUGGUGUUGCUUCUGGGUCGAGUACUUAGUUGAUAGUCAU